CUAUAUUCCGGUAGGCUUAAAGAUGACAAGGGUUGAAUCCAUGUAAAUUUGUUCAUUGCAUGCGAGUCCAACCCAAGUACUACGAAUCUGACGUUACAGUAAAUGCACUGCUAGGAUUUUAUGUUUUCUUUGGAAGAUCAGCGGUCUCGAUUUGCAUUCCUGGGAUGUGGUCUGAUAAAUUCUGUCAAUACUAUGUAUGUUAUGUUGUCAUGAUAUCAGUCUGUGUAUUGUCCGUACAUUCACAACCUUCCGAAAGACAGAAGGGACUCAUCAGCGACAAAAAUGUGCUCCAAAGAUACUUACAAUUGCGGACAUUAGCAAAUAAGAGGUUGCACAAAGUCAACCAUAUCAAUGGUUUUCGUCAGUCGCUUGGCAAGUUGGAUCAUAUAUACUCACAUAAAGAUAAAUACAGUAUUUUAAAGAGACAAGCUCGGGAUAAGAGAGACACAGUUGGGUUCGCAGGAAGUGACAUCUUGGAUACACUAUUGUCCACAUUACUGCGUCCAGGCAGUUCCGACCAACCCUCAAACUUCCGCACACCAUUUCCACGUCUGAGUGUGAAUGCAGAUUUCAAUUUCCUUCGAAAUCAAAUGCAGUCCAGCGGUUGAAAAUUGUUGACAAUCUAUCCUAAAGAAUUGAUCUGAUAUUUGUUUCUCUAUUUUUGUUGUUGUUUGUUAGGUGCAAAUUCGAUCAUGUUACAUAAUUACAUUUUCAUUUCUAAAGGUUGUAUACUUUUGUUUAUUUAUUUCAUAUCAUAGCUCUACAUUCUUUGUGUUUAUAUUGUUACAUGUUUACAAUCUUACACACGCCACUUUACCUUCUUAGAGUAUACAAGUAUUAUUUUCUAAAGUAUACAAGUAUUUGUGACGUUUUCGCUCAAUACAAAAGAUGUGAAGACUUUAAGUUAUUCAUUCAAAUCACAGUCUCUUUUAAAAAUCAAAAUUUGACAGACCCUCUUUGUGGAAAAAUUUACAGUUUGUUACCCCAAUGCUUUAUAAUGUAUAAACUCCUUCUCAAUGUUUCGUUUAACUGGAAAUAAACACUUAUAAUACAUC